AUGAUUUUGCUUGUGGCUCUCCUGUCCUGCUUUGGACUGAUUUGUGCUGAAACACCCUAUCAUGACCGGGUCAUAGGAGGCAGUGAUGCCAAGCCGAACACCUGGAGGUGGCAGGUUUCCCUGCAGUUCGACUCAUACAACGAUGGCUACUUCUAUCACAUCUGUGGAGGGUCCAUUGUUGAUAGUUUCUACGUCAUGACUGCUGCUCACUGCAUCCUCAGCAUGGAUGCCAGUCAGUACCGUGCGGUGGUGGGUGAAUACAACCUGUUUGAAAACGACAACAGCGAGCUGGUCAUUCCCGUGGAGACGAUUAUUGUCCAUCCUGAAUGGGUUGGAGAUCUCGGCAAAGGAAACGAUAUUGCUCUCCUGAAGCUGUCCACUCCCAUCUACGACAACGGUUUUGUGGAAAUUGCCAAUCUUCCGUACCCUGGCCAGAUGCUGCCUCAUGGUUUCACCUGUUACAUCACAGGCUGGGGAUCAAUGGACCAUAUAGGAAGCACCCCUGCCAAACUCCAAGUGGCUCCCAUAAACGUGGUGGAGCACGCGGUCUGCUCCACGCCUGAGUGGUGGGGUAGCCUCGCUCUGGAGACGAUGCUGUGCGCCGGAGGGGAUGGCAUCAUUUCAGGCUGCCACGGUGACUCUGGAGGUCCCCUGAACUGCAUGACUGAUGGCGUCUGGAGAGUCCACGGCGUCGUCAGUUAUGGACCAGCCGGCAUGUGCAACCAAGUUUCUAAGCCCACAGUUUUCACCCGAGUUUCAUCCUUCAUCGACUGGAUAUUCUCUGUAAGCCUCCUCAAAUGUUCAUCAUUGACUAUUUUCCACCUGGAGUGAUGAAUUUACUUAUUAUUCUCUUUUUUCCAGGCCAUGGGGCAGAACCUUUAGACUGCAGAGCAGCGAUGUCUAAUGUUCAAAUGGA